GCAGCAGCGCGGAGAUCAACGGAGGCUGCUUGAGAGACCGGGCUGGGCGGUUGCUCCGCUGCUUAUUGGGUCCAUCGCAAGCAGGAACGCCCGACUGAUAUUCCCGUCGCCAAAUCAAGGAUCUCCAACAAGCUGGAAAUAUAACCAUUAACUGGUGCUACCCAAGGAUUGUAUGCAAAAUUCUGGUAUUUGGAAGAAGCUUGAGUGGAGGAAUAUAAGAAGAUUACAUUUGACAGUGAUAAGAAAAAAGGCAGCAAAUUUCAGCCUUUCAAAAAGUUGUUUGGAAGGAGAAAAAAACGGGAGACCACCCCAGAUCGUGAGGCCACCAAGUUGAAAGCAAGCAGUUCCUUUGGAAAUGUCUGUAAUGGUGCACUGUCUUCUGAUGAAGAGACCAAUAAUGGCUUGAGGUCUUCCAGUUAUAGCAUGGGAACACGGGCCUUUUCCCAUGACAGUAUUUUUAUGCCUGAUGGGCGAGCAGAGAGUGAAGAGUCGAUUCAAGCAAUGUCACAAGAUAAUCUCGUUGGCAAAGUCAAAACUCUUCAGCAACAGUUGGCCAAGAAUAUUAAAUUUGGCCAACCCUCACAAAUGACAGUAUCUGUGAAGGCAACUGGGGAGGCUAGUGCAAGUUUGGAAGCAGAUGUGUUGCUGAAUAACACCAUGGAGACAGUGAUGCCACCAGAUGUGGUCCUUCCAGAGAACCACCAUAAAUCAGCUGGGAUGCCAGAUUCCUUAAGUCCUGCAAGGCUGGGUGAAACAAGUCAUGAAAUAGAUGAGAAGGUGACGCCUGUCAAAGUGUCAUCUCGGCCAAAAAGACAUCACUCCCCUUCUGGAACCAUUGAAACUGUCAACCUUGAUGCCAUCCCUCUGGCCACAGCUUGUCUGGACAAUAGUGCAGCAAAACACAAACUCUCGGUCAGGCCAAAGAAUCAGAGGGUGUCCAAAAAGCACAGAUUGUCGAAGGAGGUACAAAGUGUAAUAGCAACUGAAUUUGGACAAGAAAUCCUAGAAUCACAGGGCAGUGAAGAUAAAAUCUCAAAAGAUGAUAGCUAUCAUGGACCAGACAUAUUAAUCCAGCAUAGAGAAGUCCAGGAACAUAAAACUGAAGGAAAACGAAAACAAGAUCACUGGAUAAAUCUUGAGACAGGGAAGAAGGAACAAAUGGCUGAAGCAAAAUUUAAAAGCCAUAUGGAACACAAAAGACUUCAAGAAUUUGAGGGAAGCCAAGGAGAACAAGUAGGAAAAAAACUGAAGCUUCAGGAAGAGCACCUUCAUCAAUUGGAAGAGAGAAAAGAUCAAGAUCAUCAAGUAAAAGGGCAAAAAGAACAAGAAAACCAGGGAAGGAGUGAAGAAGGGACUGAAAAAUUACAGGCACAAAUGCAAGAAAAAUCUCAGGAACUAGAAGAAAGAAAGCAAAGGAAUCAAGAACAGACACAACAUGGACUGGAGGCACAAAGACAGCAGGAAGAGCAGAAACCAUGUGAAAUGGACAUGCAACGACAGCGGGAGAAAAAGAAGAAACAACAAGAACUAGAGGCACAAUGGCAGCAGGAGGAAGUAAAGAGAAAAUGUGAACUGGAGGUCCAAAGACAACAGCAGGAAGAUCAGAAAAGACAUGGACUGGAACUACAAAGACAGCAGGAGGAGGCAAAGAGACAACAUGAACUGGAACUACAAAGACAGCAGGAGCAGGCAAAGCAACAACAUGAACUGGAGGUCCAAAGACAGCAGGAGGAAGCAAGGAGACAACAUGAACUGGAACUACAAAGACAGCGGGAGGCAGAACAAAAGAGACAACGUGAACUGGAGGUCCAAAGACAGCAGGAAGAAGCAAAGAGACAAUGCGAACUGGAGCUGCAAAGACAGCAGGAGGAAGAACAAAAGAGACAACAUGAACUGGAGGUCCAAAGACAGCAGGAAGAAGCAAGGAGACAACGUGAACUGGAGGUCCAAAGACAGCAGGAAGAAGCAAGGAGACAACGUGAACUGGAACUGAAAAGACAGUGGGAGGAAGAACAAAAGAGACAACGUGAACUGGAGGUCCAGAGACAGCAGGAGGCAGAACAAAAGAGACAACAUGAACUGGAGGUCCAAAGACAGCAGGAAGAAGCAAGGAGACAACAUGAACUGGAACUGCAAAGACAGCGGGAGGCAGAACAAAAGAAACAACGUGAACUGGAGGUCCGACGAAAGCAGGAAGAAACAAGGAGACAACGUGAACUGGAACUGCAAAGACAGCGGGAGGAAGAACAACAGAGACAAUAUGAACUGGAGGUCCAAAAACAGCAGGAAGAAGCAAGGAGACAACAUGAACUGGAGUGGGAGGAAGAACAAAAGAGACAAUAUGAACUGGAGGUCCAAAAACAGCAGGAGGAAGAAUGGAAGCGACAUGAACAGGAGGCACAAAGGCAGCAGGAGGAAAAGAAGAGACAAUGUGAGCAAGAAGAACAAAGGCAUAAAGAAUGUGAGGUACCAAAACAGCAGAAAGUCAAAGAUGAAAAAGAAGAAAAGAGACAUCAAGAAACAGAAGGGAAUGACAAUCUGAUUCAGCAAGGUUGGAAGGAUAAAAAGCAAGAACCAGAGAGGCAAAAGGUGCAGGAAGAAAAAUUAAGCCAUGAGAAUUUGGAAAAGCAGAAGAUGAAAGAACUUAAAAUGGGGCAAACUGAUGAGUCUGAAAAGCUGUCUGAACUGAACCAACAACCACUGCCAGAGCAAAAAAGAGAAAUAGGGCGGAGACAGAAAGAAGGAGAAAAUGGCAAAAAUCUAGAUGAUAGAGACAAACUGCAAGAGAAGGGAACAGCUAUGAAACUAAAGGGAGCAGAAGAGCAACAGCAGAAUCUGGAUGCAAAACAACUGAGUACAAAUGAACAAAAGCAGCAAAAAAUGGCAAGAUCAGUUGGAUCAACAGAACAUAGAAAAUUGGAACCAGCAGAAGUAGAGCAUUUGUGGGCUGAAAAGGAGGUACAAGAGGAAGAAUCUGUACAAAGGACAGAGGGACUACAUUUGGAAGGACAGAAAGUCCUCUGUUUAGAAGAACUGAGGCCAUUGGAAAAUCCAAAAGAAGAAGAGAAAUCCCACCAGUCACACAUGAAUAUAAAUAAGUACUCGGAAGAUGAAAAUUUGGAAAUUAUUGAAAAAGAGCUACCACUUAAAGAAGAGCCAAGACAGCAAUGGAGAACUCAGCCAGGCAAAGAGCAGAAAGAUGAAGGAAGUCUACGAGUCAAUCAGGGGAUGAACAUUGAAGUUGGGGAGCAGGAAAGAGUUCUUGGUGAAGAACUACGUUGGCAGGAAGUUGAUGCCCGGCAAACAAUGUCCAGGGGCUUCACCUUUCAAGUGUCUUCAGGAGAAAAAGAAAUUAUAUUUCCAAAAGUGAAUUUAAGCCCAGUUACACCUACUAAAGAGGCACCACUUCCUUCUGCCACAAAAGAAUUUAAAGAUCCUAAAUCUGGUAGAGGUUCUAAUACUCUUCCAACCUCUUUGUGUGUCCCGCAUACAGCAAUCUUGGUCACUGGAGCACAACUCUGUGGCACUGCAGUAAAUCUCAACCAGAUAAAAGAUACAGCCUGUAAAUCUUUACUUGGUUUAACAGAAGAAAAGAAAGCAAUGGAUGUGCCUCAACCCGAAAGCAUCCAGAAACCUGUUGAUGGCAGGCUGAAUAGCACUAAAGUGAAGCAUGUUCAAGACUCAGUGGAUAACCAAGCCAUCCUGGCUGAGUGGGCUUCAAUUCGGUCCAAAAUCUUAAAAGGUGCAGAAAAUGAGAAAGACAAUGGAAGUCUUAAUAGGCAUAGCGAUGAUUGGACAACUAAAGGUCGAAGUACUUCCCAUGGUAACUUACGAAAGACUUUGUCUGCAAAUGCAAAGUUUUCUAUAACUCCUGCAUGGCAGAAGUUUUCAGAAAUCUCAAAAACCAACAUAGCUGCAGAGAAUAAAACUGCUACUGAAGUGGAAAAUGCAGUAAUGCAGUUGAGUCCAUCCACUCUGGAUGCAAACAAUGAGGCAGUCCAAACAGAGGCACCGGUUGGUACAAAGAAAGUAGGAACUUCACCAGGGAAAAUCAGAGGGCCACAGGAAGUAGCAGGUAAUACUGAGGGAUGUAAGUUUGCUAAAGAUCUCCCAUCUUUUCUUGUCCCAAGUCUUCCAUAUUCUCCAAAUAAAGAAAUCAUCCCAUCAGAAACUUCGUCAACAAUGGAAGCUCCACAAAAUAUUGGUUCAAAGAAAUUGGACCGAGCUUCACCAAGUGGGGAAGAAAACGUGUCCCCCUUUGGAGUGAAAUUAAGGAGGACCAACUACUCCUUGCGUUUUCACUAUGACCAGCAAGCAGAACAAAAGAAGAAGAAAAGAUACAGUGCAGGAGAUAGUUUUGAUGGCUUGCCAACUCCACUGGUCACCCCAGACAAUGAACAAGAUGCAAAACCUUUAUUUUUAAAAGACAGCAAAUCUCUUAGUCAAGAGAGAAAGGAUGCGAGGCUUAAUUCUGGUAAUACCACAUUAACUAUUAUUAGUCACAAUUACACCAUAGUUGCUCCUGUAUCAUCUCCUACUGGUCAUAUGUCUGUGCCUGGUCAAGAAAAGUCUGUUUCUAAAUCACCACUUCCACCAAAACCUGCACUGGCUCCAAAGCCCAUCAGCCAAACACCGCCUCCAUCUCCUCUCUCAAAACCCCGCAGAUCUCACUUCACUGAACCCUUCGGGAAAAGGGUGUCUAAAGUGGAACCUGAGACCAGCUGGGGAAAAAGUGAAGAUAAAGGGAAAGGCUUUCACCUUUCCCAAGCACCCAGUGAAAGCAAGAAUGAGGAGGAAGAAUCUAGAGAGAAGAAAUCAUUUUUUCCAUCCAUCACCAUGCCCUGGAGAGAGAAAGCAGAGAAAAAGCCAGAAUCACUGAAAAAAGAAAGGCCAGUUCUUCAGAGUAGGCAUUCCAUUGAUGGUUCAAAACUCAUGGAGAAAGGGGAAACUGCGCAGCCUCUCUGGAUCACUUUGGCACUACAAAAACAGAAGGGCUUUCGGGAGCAGCAAGCAACGCGUGAGGAAAGGAGGCAAGCCAGAGAGGCCAAACAGGCUGAGAAACUGGCUAAAGAAAAUGCCAGCAUAAACAACCAGGCAGAUAAUAAAAGCAAUAAUAUGAACAGGUCAAACAUACUGCAAAAGUCCACUACCCCAGAAGAAGAGAAAAAGGUUGAGACAGCUACAUCAAGAUUCGAACAUAGAGAACAGCUCAAAAAAUCUAACACCCUGCCUUCAUCUGUCACAGUGGAGAUCACCGAUUCUGUUUCAUCGCCCCCCCUGGCUAAGGAGGUCGCCAAGAGAUUCUCCACACCAGACGCGAACCCCGUUUCAACCGAACCUGCUUGGCUGGCCUUGGCGAAGAGAAAAGCCAAAGCGUGGAGCGACUGUCCUCAGAUCAUUAAGUAAACAAUGCUAGCCCUUGAGCUUUUCUCGUGUGGGACAGGCAUCUCCUUUUUAUUAGCAUUCUCAAAUGGCAAAACGCUCCUGAACACAUUUAAGCGCAUCCUCU